UAAAAAGUAACCAAAAAUGAGUUUCCCGUAAUUUGGCGAUGGGUUGCGGUGCACAUGGUUUUUUUUGCGACAUGUCAAACACGACGGCUAUUCGAGCCUAAAAUAAUACUUAUCUUACAUUUAGUCAUUGAUUGUCAGCUUCUCAGGUAACUUUGAUGCGACUCGAAACCAUCAGUCAUCUGAAGUUCCUUAAUCGUUUCAACCAACUUUCGCUUAUCGCCUCUUUGUCGUGGUUUACCACAUCGUCGUGCCAAAUUUGCGCCAAGGUGGCCACGUCCCUCACGUCGAGACAUUUGGGCAUACCGUCCGCCUUUUGUCUCAACCACUUAUUGACCUAAUAUUUUGACGUUGUCUGUUCAAAUUGCGUACCUAGGUACUCUAGUCGGAGUGUUGUCAUUGUUGAGAAGGAUAUCGAUCGUUAUCAGGGCAGAGGACGUGGCCUCUCUACUGCGACGCGCCGUAAUCUAAUAGCAGCCUACGGGUCUGCGAACGAACCGACAAUCCCUACGUUGACUCCCUUCUUUAACGACCCUUGGAGAGAUCAUUCUCGCAAUCGACAUUCAUUAUGCAUUACGCCUAUCCCCCUCGGAAGAGUUCGAAUCCUCCGCCUUACUUGCCUCGUUCCUCGCGGAUACCAAGAAUACGAAGGAGCCAUCUACGACCGAUUGCCUUGUUUGUACUAAUAAUUGUCGGAUUGAUAUGGCUAUUCUCGGGCGGCUCAAAACAUACCAAACAUACGAUAUCGGGAAAACCAGCAGUUGUACUGGUUACCGUGUUCGAUGACAAGAGUGAUAAUUCCGCAUAUCACAAGAACAUCAAGGAAAAUAGAGUGCAAUAUGCGGAAAAACAUGGAUAUGGUACAUUACUUGUCAAAGCAGGUGAUUACGACCUCAAUGGAUCGCCUGCGUCCUGGUCGAAGGUCGUGGCAAUGCGUCAUGCGAUCACGAAAUAUCCCGAUUGUAAAUAUAUGUGGUACCUGGACCAGGAUGCGUUCAUUAUGAACCCGAACCUAAAGGUGGAAGACUAUGUUAUGAGCGCCAGCAAGCUUGAAGCCAACAUGCUCAAGGACCUUCCCGUAGUUCCACCGGAUAGCAUCAUCAAGACAUUCUCGCACAUCAAGGGAAGCGACAUCGAGUUUGUCAUGUCCCAGGAUAAAGAGGGUCUUGCCUCGGGAAGUUUUAUAAUCAAAAACGGCGAAUGGGCAACAUUCUUCCUCGACACUUGGUUUGAUCCGCUGUAUCGGAGCUACAACUUCCAGAAAGCGGAAACCCAUGCUUUGGAGCAUAUUGUUCAAUGGCACCCAACAAUUUUGUCAAAAUUGGCGGUUAUUCCCCAACACAUUAUUAAUGCAUAUAGUAGUAAUGACUAUGGUGCGCAAUACAAAGACGGCGACAUUGCCGUCGUAUUCGCCCGCUGCACAGAGACGGGAGACAAGAGCUGUGCCAAGGAGGCCGAGCGGUUUUCGCAACAGUGGCGAACGUCCUUUUCUAGGUCAUGAGGAAAUACAUACACGCGAUAAUGUGUAAUGACAAGGGCUGUUUUGACGCAAACACUGAACUCUCAAUGCCGUGACGGCGACAAAAAGGAGGGCGGCCGCACUAAUGGUUUAUGGGCGUUCAAGGAGCACGAGGAUACUUUAGAUUCGGUUGUUCUAUGGUCUUCUAUCAACACUAGAGGGACUCGGCAUUUACACAGGUGUUUUGACGGCUUGGAGACCACCACGUUAUUUGUGCGCUUCGGCGAUACUGGAUGUAUUGUUUCUCAAAUUAGGGCUGACGAAAGGCGUCCGUGAUGAUGUUGGGUUCAUCAACCUAGUGUUUAUUCAUCGUCUGCCGCUUAUACACGAACACAUUCUGCGGUUUUCGCAGGCUAUCUGUAAACGACUAUGGAUUGGAAUUAACGAAUACUGGUGGUGGUCGAUAGCACCGCAACAGGUUGCCAAAUGAAACUUACUAUCCAAACGUAAA